ACCCGGAAAAUAACAUGUGGUUUAAUAAUUUUACUCAACUAAAUAAUAAAACAGUAACAUAUAUUGUUACAACAUAUUCUUAUGUACUAUAUUUUCUUAUUCUAGUCAGAAAAUGAACGAUAUACCCUGUAAUGUGUGCGGAAGCACAGAUUUAAAUCUAGUAGAUGGUUUUUAUUACUGUGUAGAAUGUGGUACCCAAGAUGUAAACGUUCGGGAAACGAUUGUCGGGGAGUCAUUUUUUGCAGAUGGAACAAAGCUUUUAGCUAAUGUGAAGAAAUUUUCCGUAAUGAUCAAAGAGGGAAUCCAAAUGAGCGCAGAAUGGUAUAAAUGGCAUGCAUACAAUUUUAUACUCUAUGGCCUCACAGAAGAGUUAAUCAAACUUGGCGCUAAACAAAGUGUCAAGACAAAGGUAUUGUGGAUUUGGACACGGUAUAUGAAGAAAUUUCAAGAGAAAGAAGAUGAAGAAGAGGAAGAGAAGGAAAAUUUAGAGAGCCAGAGUAAAAUUGAAGAUAAGACAUCUAAGAGACGUAAAAGGUCUAAAAGUCCGGAAUCUUUAGACGGUACUACAAGCCCAGAUUCCGAUGAUGAUGAUAAUAAUAAUACACCUGCAAAAUAUAUAAAAAACAUUACAAUAAUCACAAAAGGAUUAUUAUUAGCUAUAUUAUAUUUAGCGUUAAACUACGAUAAAAGUCCAAUACAAUUAUCACAUUUAUUCAGAUAUAUAAAAGAGGAUAGAUUAAGUUUAUAUAAAUGUACGAAAUUCGUACCGAAAGAAAUCGAAACAAAUCUAAUAUCUUGUUGGAAAAAUUUCUGUCAAUGCAAAUGUGAUUAUAAAUCGACUACAAUAUUACAUUACGCUAUGACUUGUAUCAAAGUUUUAGAUCUAGGUUAUCCUAUUAUACCUGAUUUUAAUAAAAUUAUAAAUAUUUAUAUUAAAGAAUUAUGCUUACCUAAUGAUUUUAAGAAUUUAGUAUUUUCUUUAAUGUUAUAUCAACCUUAUAAUUUUGUUAAAGUAAAUAAGAUUACAAUAAAGAAGAUGGUAAGAAUACCUGAUUACGAAACAGUAGCUAUGUCUUAUAUACUUGUAGCACUUAAAAUGUGCUUCGGUUUAGAUGGUGACUACGAAGUUCAAAUAUCAAAUGUAGUUGAUAAAAUUAAUAAUAAAGAAGGUCAUUUAAAAUCGUACAAAAUAGGUAUGUACACUGAAUCAACGGAAAGAUUAUUUUCAUUUAAUGAAUGGACUAGUUUCUUAGAGUUCAGAAAGAUUUUAAUCUGCCAGUAUUAUUUACCAAUGGCUAGACAUUAUAAUUUGGAAGUUGAUGAUUAUGUAUUAAUGGAACAUUUAGAGGAAAGAAAAAAAAGACCUGUUAAAUUAAGAGACGAAGUAACAAUGGAUAUUUUGAACAAAAUACCAUAUCAAAAUAAUAUUAAUGUUAUACCUAAAAAUGAAUUUCUACCUUCUUUGACACCAAUGUCUACGUAUACGGAUGUUCUAUUGAAUAUAGUUCCUAAUGAUGAGAUAAGAUUAUUGUUGGGUGAAGAUUUUACUCAGUACAAUCUUAAAUAUGCAAUUGAAGAUAAUAAACUUAUCGAUGAUGUAGAAAAUGAACGUAAUAUUAUAACAGGGAUAGAUGAAUCAAAUAUAAAAGUUGAACCUGAAUUAGAUAGAAAUAUUGAUGUAAAAAGAUCUGAUACAAGUAUGGUUUACGUUAGAAAUUGUGAAAAUAAAAAUUGGUUGAAAACAAAACCUCCUACUUUAGAGCAUAUUAAACAAAUCAACGAAAAUGAAAGUAUAGAUUCAGAAGAUCAUGGAUAUGAAUCUAGUAUGAAUGAAACACAAGUUAAAACUGAAGAAUUUAUUAAAGAAGAAGACACAAAACUUGAGUAUUUUGAAGAAGAACAAGAAGGUGUUAAUAUAUUUGAUGAUAAUUUCGAUUUCAUGGUAAAAGAUGAAAAAUCAAUCACUGACGAACAACCAAAUUUUAAUAUGGAAGAAUUAAAUUGCAGUAUGGGACAAUUAAAUACACUUGAUGAAUCUGAAUUUAACAGUGACAUUGACGUUGAUGAUAAAAAUUUUGAUAAAGAGGCAAUUAUAAAUGAAUUAAUUUCUUUAGCGCUCAAAAAGUACAAAAUCAAACUACCAAGAGAAUAUGUUCCAAGACCAAGAAAACGUAAAGCCGAUAAUAUAGAAACUGUUGAACGAUUGCCUAAAAAACCUAGGAUAAAAACCGGUGAUGUUAAACAGAAAAUAAACGAUAUGAUUGGAGCAUAUUACAGUCAUGUAGAAAUUGAUAUAUUAAAUAAAGUAACGGAGAGAGUGAAAGAUACUUUUGAAAGACAGGAAAAUAACCAAAAUGUUAAUAUAAGUGAAAAUUUAACUACAAAUGAUAUUGCUAAUAAUCAUGAACAAAUAAACGAAGCAGAUUAUAAUUUAGUAAAUACCACAGAAAAUAUGGAAGAAAAUAACAGUAUAGAUAAUUUGAAUAGUACUAAUGUUGAUGAAAAUCAAGAUUUCGAGGCUAAUUUGAAUAAAGGAGAUCCAGAUUUCGAUGCGAAAACUCACGAUAUAAGUCAAUUGUAUGUUAAAUUAAAUAAUAAUGUUGAAAUCGAUGAGUCUCUAGUUAUACAUGAAGAUCCUAUAAUAGAUGAAAUAAUUAUAAGUAAAAUUGAAAAAUUAACUACUAAAGGAACAACAAAUAAUAUUGAUGAAAUAAAAGUUAAUUCAGUGAGGAAAAAUAAAAUCAGUUUUUAUUUAUCAGAUGAUAGUUGUGAUGAAGAAAUAAAGCAACAAGAAAAUAAUGAGAGAAAUAAACAUUUCUUUCCGCCUUUAAUAAAUGAUUCAACUCAAAUGAAUGAAUUCAAUUAUUGGUUAAGAUUUUACAAGAAUGAUUGUAUCUCUAGAUAUACACAUGCUCAUUUUAAAUUCGAUUCAGAAAUUAAAGAACAAUUUCCCGCUAGUUUUUAUUUCGUUUUGAAUGAAUGUGCAAAUAUUAUAUGUUGUUCGACAUACAAUCUUUAUAGAGAUAUGCAAAAUUUGGAAAAAAUGAUUGUAGGAAAAUUAAAAAAUAGCAGAUGA